UUCGUUUCAAACCCUCGCGACCUUUCGCUUCAUCCAACGAUGAUGACGAUGGACGCUCCCCGCCGGAACUCGUCUCUUUCGUACUCGGUUCUCCAUGCCGCCGACGUCAAUGGGGGCCGUUCCGUCACCUCCAAGGAAGAAAUCCACUCCAUGGACCUCGCGCGUCAACUGGCUGAUUCGCCGCCUCCGUCCGCGCCACCACCGCUUCGACCGUCCGCAGUUCCAUCCUCCACGUCUUCCAAAGAUCGGUACGCGCCGUGGCUCAAGAAAGCUCUGGGCAAGAUGCAUCAUGCCGAGGCAUUAUGGCACACACAUCGUCCUCCAUCAGCCACGUCAGUUGGCGCCAACUCUCAUUCGCCGCCGCCGCCGCAUUCGCACAACAAAUCCCUCGGCCAUCAAGGCAACCCGGCGCGUCCCCUGCCGCCCCCUCCAUCAUCAUCAUCGUCCUCUGUCCAACAACCCGCGACCAUCUGGACUGCCGUCCACGCCGGCAACGUCGCUGACGUCCGCCGCUUCCUCGACCUGGACAGGCACAUCGUGUUCCGCCACCAUGAGGCCGACGGCGGCAAGACGCUUCUCCAAGUGGCAUGCUGGCAUGGCCACGUCCAUGUAGUGAUGUUUCUCACCAUGUUCGUGCAAGCUACGUUCGGCCUCGAUGCACUGACCGCGUAUGUAAAUGCCAUCGACACUGCAUAUAGCCGCAGCUCGGCACUGCUGGACACGUGUCGGUCGCUCAAGGGCGACGUAAACGCUAAACUCAAGAUCCUCCAGCUCCUGGUGCAGUUUGGGGCGGUGGUGGAGCACCAGGACUGCCACGGAGACAACGCACUGCACUGGAGUGCGCGCAUGCAGGCGCUGCCGACCACUCGUUUCCUCAUCCAAGACACGGACGCCGCCGUGUACGCGCUCAUUUCGGAAAACCACAAGCGGCAAAAGCCAUUGGAUGUGGCCAAGCUAGCCCGAGAUGCCAAGCCGAGUAUGGUCACGAGCGCCAUCUUCGACCUCCUUAGCCGCGUGCACAGGGACUGCAACGUCCGCCUAAAGAUACAAUAUGGAAAGAAGCUCCGACUGCACGCAGAAGCCGAGGCCCGCGCCCGCCGGGUGGACGAUGUCACACACGCUGCCGACAGCGCUCGCAUGCUUUGCCACAGUGCAGACCAAAUGUGGACUAUGGCGCUGGAAGCAGCCGAGUGCGUGCGCAAUGACAUGGAAGCCAAAGUGCUGGACGAAGGCGGCAAGGAUGCGGUGGGGCGCGCGCGGGUGUGGCUCGAGACCAAAGAGGGCAAGGCGUGGGUCAAGAAGGAGGCGCCGGACGCCAUCGAAGCCAUCAAGAGCCUCGUGCACAAGGGCGUGGUUCCUAAACCGAGGGACCUGAAGAAGGCGGCGGCCGUGCGCGUGAUGGAGGAGUACGUCCUCGGCCAAGAGACCAACAUGCGCGACCUGAUCAAGAAGAAGUUUGGUCGAGAACACCCCGCGUUCGAGUCGCGGGAUGUUGAGUACUACAAGCGUGUGGUCCACAACGGCGGUGCUAGAUAAGCUGACAAGGCUCAUCUGAGUGACCUUUUUCUUGUACACGAUGGAGUGAGUACCAACCAGUAUUGUAGUCCUAUUUUAACGUGGAAGCUGGAGUCGACAAUAGUAUCAUCGACUUGACUGUGAAUAUAAAUUUAUGAAGUUUUAUG